AUGGUAAGUCCUUGUCUGACGAUAGAGGUCCAGUCCGGUGUGCUGCAUCGGCUGGCGAAGGAAGUAAUAGACAUAAAACAGUUGGAAGAGACAGUCGACGACCUUGUUGCCAGCCCGUGCAGACUCUAUGCGUAUGUGGUUAAGACACCCAUCGACUGGCAGAGAAUCGCCAAGGAGGUCGGUGCGGACAGGAAAAGGAUCUAUCACUGGUACCGCGAGACGCACUCACGGCAUAUCCUGACCAUUAAGAUGACUGAUGACGACCGCGAAGAGAUCCGCAACAUGCUCAUCAACUGGAUCAAGCACCGGCGGGUUCUGGAUGAGCAACUCUAUAAGGAGAUACAUAAGCGCUUUGGGACAAGGUAUUCGCGUCAAGAAUUGCGAAUGACGUACAACAACAUGCUCAAUAGCCGUUGCAUACGGAGUGUCCUCACAGAAUGCAAUGUUCAGCGUCCAGUAAGACGACGAAAGAUGAGCGGAUCAAAACACAAAGAGCACACACCUGACUCUCCCAGAGCUACUUCUCCACUAGCCGCGGGCCACGUGUCUAACUCAACCCCUGAUCUUCAACCGACCUCCAUCAGCAAAGAAGAUCUCUAUCCUUUGAGUUCACACAAGCUCCCACUAGAAGCAUCGACCCUUUCUUCUGAACCCAACACCGUACCAGAUGACGCGAGGACUGACACCACGUCUUCCCAUUCUGACACUCCCAUCCAUGCUCUUGUCCAAAACCCCAUACAGUACCCUCCAGUGUUUGUCUUGCUCAAUCCGCAAGCGACGACGAUUCCCUUCAACACUAAUGCUCAAAUGGCGUACAUUUCCCUGAUCCUGGUAGAGCCGCCAGCUAAUAUCUGCCCCCCUUCUCCUGCAGAAAGCUAG